AUGCUCGUACCGACCUUUGCAUUUACCGUUGCAUUUGCGGGGAUGUGUCUUUCAUUGUUUAAGGUGCACAGUUUCUACCGUGGUAACGGCACCGGUUUUAGUAUUAACAAGGCGCGACAAGAAUUUAGUAAUGGUGUAAUGUCUGAUAGAAAUGUACAGAAUGUGGGUAUUUUGAAAUAAAAAAUUGUUUUAAAAGUCAAGCCCUUAUAAAAUGGCCUGUGCAAGGACGUGGAUUUUUUACCAUCAAGACACAUACGGCAAAUACAGGGGGGUAUCCGAGG